AUGAGUAAUUUAGGUGCAAUAUUAAAAACGUCUGAUAACAGUGGUAUACAAAAAUUGAAAAAUAUACAUAUCAUCGAUAAAAAUAAAAAGUUGAAAGUAAAUAAUAAAUCUGUUUCAGUAAUAAAAAAAGGAAGAAAUAUGAAAUUUGAUUGUAAAAAAUCCGAUAUGGUUCGUGUGUUAAUAGUAUGUGCAAAAAAUUUAGAUUUUGUUGUUAAUAAGGGCACAAAAUUUAGUACUAAUUCUGCUGUAUUAUUCGAUCAAAAUAAAAUUUGUUGUAAAAAAAUAAAAGGAUUAGUUUCUUCAAUUAUUAAAGGAUAUAUAUAUGGAUCAAAAGUUAAUUUUAAAAAAGCUAAAUUUAUAUAA